CUGAACACUCCGACUCAUUAUCUGGAAUCAUGGCUGGAAACCUGGAAGCUAUCAUGGUUGGGCUGGUGGCCGUUUUCAAGAAGUACGCUGGAAAAGAUGGAGACGCACAAACCUUGAGCAAAAGCGAACUGACCGAACUGGCACUUAAGGAGUUCCCCACCUUGUCUAAAGCGGAGAACAAAGACAGCGUAUUAAAGGGCGUCUUCGGGCAGAUGGACAUGGAUGGUGACAACAAAGUGACCUUUAAGGAAUUUGUCAUUUUUUUCGGAUGUCUGACCAUCGCUCUGGAAGAACAUCUCGGCAGAUAGAGGGGGUGCAAACGAGAGGGUGUGAUUUUUCAUGUGAUAUGUUUCUUACAUUUGUCAAUAAAUUACUUUAAUAACAA